GGCCAUCCAGUUCGGUUCUUCAUUGCCUACUUUUAGAAAUUAGUUGCAUUUCACCUCGUGUUUGGGCAAGCGAAGUGUGGUAUUAUAGAGUGUAGAAUGAAAGUUACUUCAACUCAAAAUCACAACAUCUAAGUUUUAAUAAAAUUCUCUAUUUAAUUUAAAAAUUGGGUAUUAAUUAUUUAUUUAAUUUAAUGACGUUUCAAACAUUGUUUUUUUGAUAUGGAAAGUGAAAUCGUUAACCAACAAAAACAACAUUAAGAAAACAAACUGAAAUCUAAUAAACAAAACAGAAAACAGUUGAAGAAAGUGCGAUUGAACAUUUAAAAGAUGAUUCUACGAAAGUUGUAAUUUAAUUCAGUGGUGAAGUUAACUAUUAUUGCUGGUUCCAAAAAGUUGAAUCAAGUGUAUUGACCAAAAAAUAAUCAACACUUAGGAAUACUGUUGUUAUUUAAUGUACUUAUGUGUCAUCUGUGUAUGUUUAAUCAGUUCUAAUUAAAAUUAGCUGCUGUUUAUCAUGGAUUUUGGAAUAACUAUGGAUGUUUUUACUGUUACGUGGACUAAGUAAUUGUAGGUCCAGUAUUAAUUUUAUCUUUCUUCUCUUCUGUUUUUGGUUUUUCAUUUGUACCUAUACCCACGUGCAUCGUGUAAUUGUGCUUGACGGAAAUUUCAAAAGUGUUUCUUACAGUGAAUCAAUUUUUUCGUGAUAAACUUGAAGGCAACAAAAAUUCCACUCUGGAUACCACGUUGUUUAUAUAUCCUUGCGGCACCGGAGGCGGUGACAGAACAUCUGAGUAUAGGUUCAGUUCCUGGUGGAAUCCUUGUUUAUUUUGGUCCUUAAUCUCAAGCAGAAGAGAAACAUAUUACGAUGAAGGAGCAUUAAAUAAUAAUUUCCUUUACUGUAAUUCAUAUUGGUUUACUUCUAUUUUAAUUACAAACCAUCAGUUUCUUCAAAACCGUAAUCAGUCACAGCAGUGUCUUCAGCAGCCAAAUCAUACAAAAACUUUGUUGCAGAAAACUGAUAAUAAUUACUGUUUUAUAAACAUCAAAGGUCUUAAUGCUUCAACAUCUUCAUCAAACUCUUUCGACGUUUUUUCGAAUACUUUUCCUACUAUUUCAUCUACAAUUAACAAACAAGUACUACAUACUUCACUUGCAUCUUCUACUACGACAAAAGAGAAAAAAACAAGUUUUUAUUCUGCUAAAAGUAGCUUCAUUUCCUUUGAAAAGGAAAUUUUCCUUUUUUUCUUUUCUUCCUCAAGUUCGACAGCAUCUUCAAUCAUCGAUGUUUCGACUAAUAAUCAAUUUACUGACGAUGAUGCAUUUAGUCUCUUGAAAUGUACUUCGUCAACGAAUGUAAGAAUAAAAUCAGAAAAUUGUGAUAGAAUUUGUUCUAAAGAUCAAAUUAUCGAAGAAGUACCUUCAUCUUUAUUUCUGUUUUUCUUGAAUUCAUUUUUCAGUUCCCUGUUUUCCCCUUUUCGCAAACCAAAUAAGAGCACAGAAGAAGAGGAUUCCAUUCCUUUUAAAAGAAAAGGCAUGUUCGAAUGUAAUUCUAUACUAGAAAGAAAGCAAUUUAAUCAAAAAGAAGGUGUUGCCAAAGGAAGACACCCAGCAUCUACUAAAAAUAGUUUGCAUGAUCCGAAAGUAGAGUUCUCUUCACUUAGUGUAAUAUCUCCAACGAUUAAUCCUUUGAACGAAAUGAAGUACGAAACCCAAUCAGGACCACCAACUGUACCGCAGCAUCUAACAUCCUCUGGAAUUGAACCACCACAUAGUAGUCAAACUAGUGGAAUUACUGUUGGAGGUUCACCAACAGAAAUAGUAGGUGUUGAAAGCCUUUUAUUAUCACCAUGGAGUGCUUCAGGACCAGAUUUUAUUGAAACUUCUGAUGUAAAGCAGACAGCAUCUGAUUUACAAGAUGCUUGGGACACUAUUCUUCUUGGUUCUUCAGUAGGCGUAGCAUCAGCUCAAACUCUUGCUGAAUUAAAACCUCUUCCACCUUUUACUGGUUAUACUGGACACCUUAGUAUUAACGGCAUUCCGGGACAUCACUAUCAUGCAAUAGCAUCCUCAGCUCAACGACCUCAUCUACAGUCAUCAUCACCGUCACCAACUUCAAAUCCAGAAUACUAUGAAGCUCCAGUUGUUUCUUCUAGUACGCCUUGUCCCCAGGUUAAUCAAAAGCAACAAAGCCAACAUCAACAACAACAGUUAUCGCAGUCAACACAACAAGUUGAUUACGAUAUUGAAGAUAUUGCCCAAAUUAUUGGAUCUGCUAUUGCUGAUACAACAGUACCUGGAGGAGGUAAUGAACCAAACUCUGAUCAUGACCCUGACGCAUCAAGAGAUUGGAUAGAUAUUGCAGAAUGGAUCGAUACCGCCUGUUCUCCAAAAUCUCACGAGCAAAAUUCUCCCAGUCCUUAUUCACAUAUUUACACAACAACAGCAUCAAAUAAUCAAGUUCAGCAACAUGGUUCUACUUUACAAAGUUUGUUAACUCAUGGAUAUGCACCACUUCUUCAAGCUAGGCUUCAAGCUGGAAAUGUAGGACUUCAAAACACUCCUUGUGGUGAGGCACCUUCUUCAACGAGCCCUUACCCACCUGUCAGUCCUCCAGGAAGAGUAUCAACAUCUUGUAGUCCAGAUCAUCUUUUACAUUCAUCUUUUACAACACCUUCGCAUCCCAGAAAAAGAUCUCGACCGAAUCCUGGUUCUCAAAAUCCUUCAAAGAAAAGUUCAGGUUCCACAUCUCUUUCUUAUGGGACCGAAUCAGGUCUUCUUGGUGGAAAGGAGAAACCUGUCCAUAGGUGUUCAAUAUGCAAUCGAGGAUUUCUUAACAAAAGUAAUAUUAAAGUUCAUUUGAGGACUCAUACUGGUGAAAAACCUUUUCGAUGUGAGGUUUGUGGUAAAGCUUUUAGACAAAAGGCUCAUUUAAUCAAACAUCAACAAAUUCAUAAAAGAAUUGGUAGGGAUUAACACUAAAUACCUUUAAAAAAUUCUAUUGUUAGUGUUAUGUGCCUUGUACAUAUUGGUCAUCUUUAAACGUGUGAUAUGAUACGAGAAUGGUUGUUAACUUAUAAAACAAUAAAUAAUAUUUAAGAGGUUUAAACAAAUAUUAAACUGUUUUUCUAAUAAUCGUGAGAUUAAACAUUACAAAUACAAAACCAUUAUACUAAAGCUUUCUUGUAUUGUUUUUAUAACUAUCUUAUGAUAGUCGAUCUCGUGUUAAAAGUUGUUAUUUUAAAUAUGACAAUUAAAUUGUAUCGCAUGUUAUACAUAUCUAAUAACCGCCUACACAUCGUACUGAAGUAAACUAGCUGCGUAAAUUGUGCGAACGCCUAAUUUUUUAUCACUGCAAAAAAUUGAGUUAGUUUUAAGUAAAUUAUAACAAAAUAUGUUAAAUUUAAAAAGUUAUUUAAAAAAAAGUUUUUCAAUAGAUAAGGUUAUAGAUUGAAAAAUUAAAAGCUGAUCACCACUUUUUCAAAACUUUUCAUUUUUUUGAAAAAUAGCAUAGUUUUUAAGAAUCUUGAAAAACACUGAUAAUCAAAUCUAAUCAUGUUUUGCAUAUUAUUUCUAAAUUAUAAGUUGAAAAAUAGCAAUUUUUUUUAAGAUAACAUUACAAAAAUGCUAUUUUUGGGAUAUUUUAUUUUAAAGUAAAAAAAUAUAUUAAAAAAAUUCGUAUAUUUUCCAAAUUACAUUGAGUAACAAUUUUUUAAUUGCGCAAAACUAUAAGACAUGAAUGAAAAUAAAUGUCAUACUUUUUUAACAAUUUUAAUAGCUUUCCAUGUCUUAAAGUGAUGAAUUUUUACUCAAUGUAGUUUAGAAAAUAUAUGAAUUUCUGCAGUGGUCAGAAAAUAGGCAUUCUCAUAAUUCGCCCCGGUGUAGUGUAAAAAUAAAAAUUAUAAGUUAAAUUAUGAUAAUAGACAAAUAAAUUAAUACGCAGAAGAUACCAGCAAAAAUGUUCAACUUAGAAAAGAUUAACUAUUAUCUUAAAAAUUAAAUAUGUAAUUGAAAAACCAAAAUUUCACACUUCAGUGAAUAUUGCCUCAUACGUUUUCCUUUUGUUAAACCUUUUUCAACACGGAUAAAAAUCGUCAGAUAAGUGGCUUUUUUGCACUACCUGGUGGGAGAAAAAUGACAUUUUGCGAUUUUUGCAAAAUACAGUACCGUCCGAAAUUGUCAGUCCACCCAUUUUCAAAGGAAUGACAAAAAU